UGUUCAAGAUGGCGCCCAGACGACCAAGCGAAGAAGAGUUGGGAAGAAAAUGGGAUCGGUGCCUUGUAGAUACAACGUUUAAAACUGUUGGUGGAGCCGUGUUUGGCGGUGUUCUUUCGCUACUGUUCUUCAAAAGGGCUGCAUGGCCUGUUACAUUAGGAAUUGGUGUAGGCCUUGGAGCUGGAUAUUCAAACUGUAGACACCAGUUGUACUGGCAGGGCCCUCCUGGAUCCCCAUUUGGAAGGCCUCAUUGGGGAAGGCCUUUUUGGGGCAGGCCUGGUGAAGGUGGUGAAAGACGACCCUCUUUCAAGCCUGCAAGAGCUAAUGACACAACUCCUGAGAACACAGCUGCAAGGCAGGAACUGAGUCAGGGGGAGAAAUCAAGUGAAAGUUAAAAGCAAUGUCAGAAAAAUCCAUUUGCUCAGGGAAUUUUUUCAAAUAGAAAGUGGAUGUUACAGAUCAUAAAAUGAGAAAACAAACACAAAACUACCUUGAAACGACCACCUGAACCAUCCAGUGGAAAGCUUGUAAAUUUUUGGUGAACAACCUGAAGAACUUCUUUCUUUUAUCAUUAACAUUUGCUGCAACUUACAUUUAAGUUGAUGUGAUUAUAACUUAUUUUCUCCAAGUACCCAAUUUUGAAAUGUUAGAAUUUGGGGCAAAACAACUGACAUUUAAGGUUCUGAAGGAUAAACCCACAAAUGCUUUCAGUUUAAUCACUGGAGUUAAAUAAAUACUAAAAUUUGAUAUGAUAUGGAAAGUUGGCAGUUCUUGUUGUUUUAUCCAGAUUUGUUUCUGACAUGAAUAUGAAAGGUAGUGCAUGUUUUUAUGUUUUCCUUUUUU